AUGCCAGUUUGUAGUCAACAGGAGCACACACCACCCGAUUCCUGGAGAUCGCGAGGGAAGAGCCACGGUGCACUAGUGGCUGCAGGCAUCGCGAAGAAGCAGGUGGAGCGAGCAGCUGAAUGUGUAAAAAAGUACACUGUCAGCCCUAAGCAAGACGUGGUACGCAUCGUCUUCAGCGAUUACGGCAGAGGUCACAACUCAGCCAAUGCCAGGAAAGUGCAAGAAGUUUACAAGUUCUGCGACGCUGAUGGACAGCCUGCGGCUUACACCAGGACGUGCCGGAAGGAUACAGCACUGGCCCGGUGCAAGGCUAUCGCUUUGCUGUCCUAUGUGAAGGCGCAGCAUGCCGCGGUGUUGCAAUGGUUGAGCAAAGGUCCAUGCCAUCACGCUGUGUUCGUGCGCAUCACGGACGACACAAAUGUGUUUGUUUCCCCACAGGCUGGACCUGACAGGAACACGGACGCAUUGGUGCAGAAACUUUUGGAGCAGGAUGAGCAAGAUGAGUUUCAGGAUGGCAGUGGCAAUGAAAAAGGCAUCGGCAAGAGCACAAAGGGUAGGUCAGGACGGCGAAAAGUGAUGCCGUUGCUGGGGGUGCUACAGUGGGCCACGUUACGGCGCGGUGGUACGGGUGUGCAAGAGGUUGCAGCCGGAGAGCUGUCGACCGUGCAGCUGCAUGCGAAUACGGCGACGCUGCUUCACAGAACGAACAAGUGGACGUUGGCCGGCUGUGAGAAUGCUUCCGCUUAUCUGGGAGGUCCGGAAGCUGACAAGCUGCUCCACGACAUCCCCAUCCGUGUGGUUGUGUCAUGUGAAUCCUCAGUUGUUGGCAAGGAUGUCUUCGGCACUGAUGCGUUGACUGCCAACGUGUCGCUCGUCGGGAAUUGCAUGAGUUGGCGAGGGUGCCUUCAGGGACUCGUACGCUUUGCGAACGCGACCAAAGGGACGCAGUUCCGGCAACGCCUGGACAAUGUCCUGACAUGCUUGGUACAACAGGCAGAGCGACGAGAGGUGACAGCUUUGCCAACCUCCAUCCAGGAAUGUCGGCGGAGGCAUAGCGUGCUGCUACAGAUGUGCAGCACGGACAUGUGUGAAGAUGAUCGUGAGCUUAUAUUGACCAUGCUCAAUACCAGCUGGCUGGAUACCUUUGAGCCCGGCCAUAGUUUGUUGCACAUUUGCGAGCCCGGUUGUUGUGGGAACGAUGCUGUAUUCCGCUGUCGCUUGCGCAAGGUCUUGGACAUCAUGUUUAGCCAUCUGUUUACGGCGCCCUUGUUGUACCGGUGGAAAAACUUCGAUGGUGCAUGCGAGUAUGUCGCGCGAGGGAUGGUGGUGAAAAAUCUGAUGCGUGCAGUGUGGGCUCUGUGCAAGAACGACAGUGCAGAUUUCCUGGAAGAACUGCAGCAGUCCACGAUGGAUUUGGACAAUCCAGACAACAACCCAUCUGCGUGCCAGCAAGUCAGAGUAGCCAAGGUCUUUCAGCUUUUGUGCGAACCGGAUGCAACCGCGCGUUUUUUGCAAGCUCUUCUGGUGACCCGGCCACUGACUGGAUACAUGAACACAGUCUCCUUUGUCGAAACCGUGCGAUGCCGGUUGCGCAUGAAAGGUCGUGGGAUCUUGAAGGAGAGCAGCAAGUGUCAGGAUGUUGCGCCAAGCGAGCUGAUGUCCAUGAGUCUUCGCAUUUUGUCAGGUGCCGCAGGCUGGACUGUUGUAUCAGAGUACACAACCCUGUUGGAAGCCCCAGCAAGUGACGACAUGUGGUUGUCAGACAUGGGCCUGGAGAAGCAGUCCUGUGUGCAUCUGCUCCUAAUUGGAGCAGCUGACGCUUUCAGGCGUUUGAUCCUUCCAUUCGAAUCUCUGCCGUGGUCACUCUUCAAAGUGUACAAUAUGGACGACGAUGCUGCAAUGACCUCCUUGCAGUCCUUGCGUUUGCAGCAUCGGCAUUGUGAGCUGUGUUAUGACCAGCUCUUUGCAGCAGUUUUCAUUGAUUGGGUUCUCUCGGACAACAUUCCCCUACCAAAGCAGAUGCGCAGACUACAGCACCUGAGGCUUUUGCUUGGUGAUGUUCUCCUACAACUUCCAACAAGCACCGUCGAUGUAGAGAGAUCUCAUGCCAACAUCCAAGUAGAUGCAUCCAAUCACAAAGCAGUGCCAAAAAGGCCUGCAAACAUACAGGCCGACAGUCUCAUCACUCACACCGUGUUGGAGCAUUCGCAGGUCAAGGCUCUGGUGGAGGACGCUUCGUUGGGGCACAUGUUCUCGAAGCAGAGAUUGGGCACUGUUGAGAACCGUGACAUCACCGCACAGAUUGCACAGGAGUGGCAAGACAUGCCUGAGGAUCAGAGGGCGCGCUUUCAAGUGGAAGCAGACAAAAUGCAGCUGGCCAGGGAUGAGCUUGCGCAGACUGCACUGGCAGGCUCAGCGGCGGAAGAGUUUGUAGAUCAAGAUAUGCUCAGCGCGUCACAGGUGAAACGGCUGAACCAAUCUCGAGUGGACAUAAACUUGCAACGGGUCGCUGAGCAUACUGCAUGGAAGCACGGCUUAGGGCUGUCGGACCACAUGGCGGCUCUUCGUCCUGACUUUCUGCCGUCCAUUAGCACCACUGCCGCAUUCCAGCAGCUGAAAGCAGAGUAUGAUUCCAUAUUUAAUUUCGAUGCCUCCAUCGUACCGAAUGAAAAGCAGAUGCCUGCAUUCCGCAGACCUUGCGGUACAUGCCACGGAGGCACGUGCCAGGCUGAUUUGGGUUUUGAGGAGGUCUGCAAGCUGGUGACCAAGUUCCACAGCGAAGUGCUGGCAUGCCGUCUGGGAACCAACCCCUUUCUGGUGUCUUUGGGGGUCUUUGAUGUUACUGGAGAAGUCGACAUAGAUUGGGAGCAAAGCUGGUACAUUGUAGCAACCGUCGCUCUCCGACCACUGUGCCAUACUAUAGUCCAUGUGCAUGAUGACUUCGGUGUGUUGAAGCUCACGCAUCGCGACGGUCAUGUGCACAUGGGAACAAUGCAUCGAGCUUUGCGGACGCUGAUGUCGUCCUUCCUUGCGAAGGAUGGAGCUGCUGAGAACAUGAGUUUGAAGGCAGGCAGCCUAAAGCAUAGACGAGCAGCAUACCAUUCAUAUCAUUAA